GUCAACACUCACAUCCUGCAUGUGAGAGCAGGAAACGGCAAAGGAGUAACGGUACCGCAUCACUUUCUCUUUUGUUGGUUUAUUGUCAGAGCGGUUCUGAAACAAUGAGUAAAGUUGGACUUUAACUGGAUUGCUGUACUUCCAGUAAAUGAUGCAGGGUGCAAUUGCACGGGUUUGCAUUGUGGUAGCGGCUGCUAUCCUAAACCACCCACUGUUCUUCCCCAGUGAGAACACUACCAUCCCUGAGCAAGAUGAUGACCUCCUGGCCAGGAUGAGAGAACACCAGGAAAAACUAGAGGCUGAACAACAGCGACUGGAACAGGAGAUCGCUAAGGCAGAACAAGCUUUAACUGGUGAUCAGGACAGUUAUGGCUGGUACUUCUGGAGUGCCCUCUGCCUUGUUAUUUUCCUCACGAUUGAGGUUUGCAGGCAGGAAAUAGUGCCUGCUGAAAUUCAUGACCCAGUGGAAGAUGAAGAUGGAUAUUCCAGUGCUGGAUAUCUCAAUGCUAAGGCUGUAGCCUUCGAUAAAGGUGUUCUAAAUAACUUUUGCAAGACCCGCUUUCUUCCUUUUGCCCAUGAGAGCGGGAGAGUACGGGAAUUUGUCGAGGGCUUUGCAGAUGAUUUGCUCGAGGCUUUGAGAAGUGUUUGUGAUCGAGAGGCUGACUUGGAGGUUGAGGACUUUGUUGGUAUAGGCAGUGUAUUUGAAUCCUGGAGGGUGUGUAAGCCUGCCACAUGUGACCUCAUUGUCCCCUUUGCUCCCCCUCAGCCAUACAGGUUCCAGUUUCAGCUCUGGUGUGACCCUUUCACUGAUAUCCCACUAGAUCUUCAAGGAUAUGGAAGGAUUCAACUUAAAAAGCCAAAUGGGGACUGUCUAUGUGGCUCAACCAAUCUCGGUGAUGACAUGCUGUGUCUGCUUCACAAUAGAAAUGACUUUGAUAAGCUUGAUGAACUCACAUUAGAGGAACGCCUCUGUGCAAGGGACACUGCAUAUUUGUCUAAAGAUCAGCUCAUGAGAUGGUUCCAGAUCUCAGUGACCAAAGCAUGGGGGCAGAUCUCUCAUAAGUAUGAUUUUGAGCUGGCCUUUCGGAACCUGGACUUUCCUGGAGCACUGCAAAUCAGAUUUAGGUCUGGAAAGACUGUUGUUCUUAACGUUACACCAGCCGUUCUGUUUGAAGACUCUGAUGCAUACCUUAUCUCUCAUUUCCCCUCUGAUACUAGUAACGCCUCAGACAUUCACUGGCAACUCUCACUCACAGUUUAUGAAAGGAAUCUGCUAAAACACCUCCCUAUAAAACUUCCUACAAAUUCUUGUCACAUUUACUGUCUUCAGAUAGUGUCCUUCUUGCAUAAAAAGCAGACAGCUUUGACUGGGAGAUGUGCCCUAACAAAUUACCAUAUAAAGACUGCACUCUUACAUCUGUUAUUGAGUAAACCUCCUUCAAUGUGGCAGCCACAGAAUCUUGAUCACAGAUUACAGGAUUUGCUCAGCUUCCUUCAGAAAAGCCUGGAGGAGAAGAGACUCUAUCAUGUCAUUGUCGGGAACCCUCACGUCCCAAUUGAAAUUCAGAUUCCCAUAAUAUUUCGCACCGCAGAGCCAAUAAACCUAUUUAGGCCUCUUGUGUUGCAGAGGCAAAUAUAUGCCAAAAUGGUGGAGCAUUUUCAGGAGAUGAUCAGAAAUACCUCUGUGCUUGUUCAAGAAUAUACACCUCACUUGCCUAAUGGUCACACUGGCCAUGAACUCAACAGCCCAGAUGUAGGUUGACUCAUGGCUCUGAUG